UCGGAGAAACAGUGUGACGUCAAACUAAGGCUUCCGGGCUGGUAGCGGUGGCCCGGUAAUUCAUAGAUUUUGCUUCUUUAUUGCAAUUUUAUGUCAUGCUUGCUGUUGUUAUUUAUUGCCGGAAAAUCCAAUGUAUAUAGUUUAUGCGAAUAUUUUUAUCGGAACUGCCGUUACGAGGAUACAUAUAACGAAGACGGUCCCGGAGCGGCUCGGGCAUAGCGGUUGAGAAAAGAGGGUGCCUUGCUGCAUGAAGUACCCACCAGCUGGACUGGCAGCACUUCAGAAUACUUUGUACAGACCAGCUCAGUUUGUCAUUGGUCAGAARGGAUCGACUUKUCUCCAGGACCGACUUCGUUACAAAAAUGAAGUUGAAGGAGGAUAUAAACCCCCUGCUCCUGCAGGUUUUCCGCUCUGUCGUCUGGGUCUAUUCCGUCAUAACCUUCCUACCCUGGUACUUCUUUUCCGGGGCCGGAACCAAUUUGGAGCGAGCGCGUCGGAUUAAGGCCUGCUCUAUCAGCGGACACCCAGCGGGACCUUACAGGGCCGUCAAUAGCCGAGAAAAGYUGGUGGCACUGGUGCAGCCGGGAGUCGACACACUGGACAAAAUGUUCGAGUUUGCAGCGAGGAGGUUUCCAAACAGGGACUGCCUGGGCACCAGGGAGGUGCUGAGUGAGGAGGAUGAACUGCAGCCAAAUGGAAAAGUGUUUAAAAAGGUGAUUCUGGGGAACUAUAAAUGGUUCACAUAUGAGGAAGCCUACAAUGCAGCAAAGUGCUUUGGUAGUGGUCUGGCAGCUCUUAAUCAGAAGCCUCACCAUAACAUCGCCGUUUUCUGUGAGACCAGAGCGGAGUGGAUUAUAGCAGCGCAGGCCUGCUUCAUGUACAAUUUCCCACUCGUGACACUGUACGCCACACUCGGGCCCAAAGCCAUAGCUCACGGGCUGAACGAGACAGAGGUCACUCACAUCAUCACAAGCAAGGACUUACUCCAGAGCCGCCUUAGGGCCAUUUUGUGCGACGUGCCGAGGCUCCAGUACAUCAUCGUCGUGGACAUUAAACCCACAAGCUGGUCAGACAUGCCCAGAGGCAUCACAGUCUACAACAUGGAGGGUGUGAAGGAGCUGGGAUCCAAGCCCGUUCAGAUGGACCGCAGACAGCCGGAGCCCUCGGACAUCGCUGUCAUCAUGUACACCAGUGGUUCCACUGGCAUCCCCAAGGGUGUGAUGAUCUCCCAUGGCAACCUCAUCGCCGGCAUCGCAGGCAUGGCCGAGCGGAUCCCAAAUCUCAAUCAGACUGACACUUACAUUGGCUACCUACCACUGGCCCACGUUCUAGAGCUCAGCGCAGAGCUGGUUUGCAUCUCCCACGGCUGUCGCAUCGGAUAUUCCUCUCCUCAGACUCUCGCCGACCAGUCCUCCAAGAUCAAGAAGGGCAGCAAAGGGGAUACCAGCGUGCUAAAACCGACUCUCAUGGCAUCUGUGCCAGAGAUCAUGGAUCGAAUUUACAAAAAUGUCAUGACCAAAGUGGACGAGAUGAGUAAAUUUCAGAAGACGCUCUUUGUGUUGGCGUAUAACUACAAGAUGGAGCAGAUCUCUAAGGGCUACAGUACGCCUCUCUGUGACAGAAUAGUUUUCAACAGAGUGCGGUCUCUGUUGGGAGGCAACACUCGGGUGCUGCUUUCUGGUGGGGCUCCACUCUCAGCGGCAACGCAGCGCUUCAUGAACGUCUGCAUGUGCUGCCCGGUGGGACAGGGCUACGGCCUGACAGAGACGUGUGGGGCUGGUACCAUCAGUGAGAUGUGGGAUUACAGUACAGGACGUGUUGGUGCGCCGCUGGUUUGCUCAGAGAUCACGCUGAAGGACUGGGAAGAGGGUGGCUACCACAGCACUGACAAGCCAAACCCAAGGGGGGAAAUUUUGAUUGGAGGUCCAAAUGUAACAAUGGGUUACUACAAAAGUGAAGGCAGGAACCAUGAAGACUUCUUCGUGGAUGCGAAGGGCCAGAGAUGGUUCUGUACGGGAGACAUAGGAGAAUUCCAUCCUGACGGAUGCCUGAAGAUUAUCGACCGUAAGAAAGACUUGGUGAAACUCCAGGCAGGCGAAUACGUCUCUCUCGGAAAAGUAGAGGCGGUUUUGAAAAACUGCCCGCUYAUAGACAAUAUCUGUGCCUACGCCAACAGUGAAGAGUCAUAUGUGAUCAGCUUUGUGGUUCCCAACCACAAACACCUCAUGGGAUUGGCGGAGCAGGUUCAAGUAAAGGGCACGUGGGAAGAGCUCUGCAACAAUCCCAAGAUGGAGAAGGAGGUUCUCCGCGUCAUAACUGAGGCGGCCGUCUCAGGCAAACUGGAGAAGUUCGAGAUUCCCAAAAARAUCCGCCUGAGUUCCGAGCCGUGGACGCCGGAGACCGGCUUGGUCACCGACGCGUUCAAGUUGAAACGCAAAGAGCUCAAAACACACUACCAAGACGACAUUGAGAGGAUGUACGGUGGGAAGUAAAAGAGUAGAUGCACUCCAAAUGACCGUCUCACGAGGAUUUACAUGGACGACACUCACAUACACGCAGACUUGUUCGCCUCCUCUUCAGCUUCUCUGUCACCAUCUUCGAUCAAACGAGGCAGAAAAAUUCUGGAGGCAGGUUCACAUCUUUAGGUCGAGAGCAAGAGGCCAAUCCCACCAGACGCACUAACAACUCCACUCUACACCGAUCCAAAAAAGCCCAUCGAGUUGCCACGGCAACCACAUGAAGUCAGACCUUUGCAUGACUCAAAGUAUAAAGAAUGUCAUGCUGGACGUUUGUACAUCCGUGUCUGUCUCGCUUCUCUUCUCCCCCGCCACGCCUUCUGGAACAUUCCACCUCUACAGCUCGGUUUGCUAACACGCGGCGCAGAUAUCCGGCAGGGACGUGCGAUCCCUCUUAAGACUCUGAGGAACAUUCAGGUUGGAAUAUUUGCAGGGAUCAUUGUUGUCAUUAUUUUUUUUCUUUUGUGUGUUUUGCAAUGUUUCUUCUAUGUUUGGUUUGUCUGCAUUGGAAUCCAUGUGUGCGGUGAGUAACUGUUGCGAAGCCAUGAGAGAUUUUACGUUACGACAUUGGAAAAUACGUUUUCUUGUUACUUGUAUUAUUCAGAUGGGUUUACUGUUUUUAUAUGGUUAAGUUGUAUUUUCUACCUGCUCAUGCUCCAUUGUAUGUUUUCAUUCCAUUUUUAAGGUCGUUUUCUCCUUUUUUUUGUCAGGAAUCCCAAAGUUUUCUCAUUUGAGUGYAUGUUUACUCACUCGUCUCUUUUCUCCCUGCUCCCAACUAAUGCAGCAUCAAUGGGGUAAGGUGUCCUUUGAGACAAUGCAUGGGUUGGGAUUUGCUCCAAAAUGACCUGCGUCAUCUGCCCUGWAUUCCUCCGGUCAUAAUUAAUGCACCAAUAUGGAUAUACUCCAAGGGAACUUAGCUUACUGUAGAAUGGUUUGAAGUAGAUUUAGUCUUUUUUUUGGGGCGGGGGGGUUCAGUUGUAUGUUAAUCUUAUUAACCAUAGGUCUUACUGUUACUUCUCUCAGUUUUUAAAUAGAAUAAUGAAAUACAAAAAUGAAUGUGCAAUAUUUAUACUCGAUGUUAAUGAAAGAAGGAAGAAAAUGCACAGCCGACAGCUUUUUUUUUUUUUUUUUUUGUGGCGUAUUCGACACCAAGCUUCGUUUAGGGUGAAGGCUUUGUAGAGGAUGGUAGAGAGACACUG